AUGGCGGCUCGAGCGCCUAAACAGUGGCAAUUAUCCAAGAACGAAACCAUAACUUCUUACGAAAGCUGGAGACAGAACUUAAUAUAUAUCCUAUCCCAAGACAGCAAUUUUGUACCCUUUCUUGAAGCCACAUGGCAAAAGAAGACCUCUACUAAUCCACACCGAGGCUUGGUCGAUGAUGCAGACCCCAUUCCUGAACCUAGACGGUUAACCGCCGUUCAAAAGAACGCUCGUUUAGAUUUAUUGCUUGGUCAAAUUGCCAAUUUUUGCCCUGUCGUUUCACGCAGUUCCAUCGUUAAGAAUUCAGUCUCUCUUAAUGAUAUUUGGCAGAAAAUCCGCCAGCACUAUGGUUUCCAGUCCACCGGGGCUCACUUCCUCGACCUAGCCACUAUUAUCCGGCAACCCGACGAGCGACCAGAAGACUUAUACCAACGCCUCAUGGCAUUCUUUGAAGAUAACUUACUAACUGCUGGUGGGGGGCAUCACCCAUCAUGGAGAGGCGUUGGAAGCUGACGAAGAUUUAACCCCCACCCUAGAAAACACCAUCGUCGUUCUGUGGCUUCAACUAAUACACCCAGGACUACCCUUGUUGGUGAAGCAAAAAUAUGGAUCUGAGCUGCGUAACAAAUCCCUGUCCUCGUUAAAACCAGAAAUAUCCCAGGCACUCUCUUCCCUCCUUGAUGAGCUACGGUUAAUCGAUGAGACUCGGACACUGUGCAUUGGCAGUACAAACCCACGACGAAAUCCUACCAGUGCCUCAGACAACCCACGACGUAAAGCAUUCCGGUCAUGUAUUCUAUGCAAGACCGCUGACCGCUCGCAUACCACCCAUGACCUCAUGGAUUGUCGCUAUUUACCAGAGCGAGACAGGCGACCAUGGGCUCGUUCACGACUUUUGAAGGACGACUAUGAUAAUCUGCACCCUGAAGACUGCGAUACAUUUGACCUUAGUCUCGAGGGUGUUGUUAACGCUGUGCAAGUCGAUGACUCCACUGCCCAUCGUGUGAGUAUCGUUCAGUCUCCUGUCAUCCGCACCUUUUACAAUGAGCACCCUAUCCAGUUGACCUUAGACACUGGUGCAACGUCCAACAUGGUUCGUGCCUCAUCUGCCACAGCUUAUGGAUUUCCUGAAUCCCCUGCUUCUCAGAUGGCUCGCCAGGCUGAUGGUGUUACCCCAAUGGAUGUGGUUGGUGAAGUUCAUUGCUCUCUCGCCCGCGGUUCGUCCACAUUUGAACUUGACGCCCUAGUUGUUCACCAACUUGAUGUUGACAUUUUGGCUGGCAAUCCUUUCUUGUCUAAAAAUGACAUUGCUAUUCGCCCUGCAAAGCGCGAAGUUUUAAUUGGUGGCACAGAUGUUGUGCAUUAUGGUCAACCAGCGAAGUCGAUCCCCCAUUCCGCUGCUAGACGCACACAGUCCUUCCUUCUCCGCAGUCCACAGCACAUGGUUGUAUUACCCGGUGACUAUCUUCAGCUCACUACACCUCUGGAGUCUGAUCCCGAUGCUUUGUGGGCCCUGGAGCCUAGACUCGAUAGCCCCUCUAACCUUUCUCAGAAACUGGAAGCCGCAUGGUCUCAGCCACAGGCCAUUGUUUCCGUAGAUCAUACCUUACGUAUUCCCAACACAACUCCUUCUCCAAUUCUCAUAAAGAAGGGUGAACAGUUAUGCCAAGUCCGGCAUAUCAUACCUCCCUUCCCCACCGACCCAUGUGCCUAUUCUUCCAGUACCUGUCGUCCUGUGAUUUGCCCUCCUGUCCACAACAAGCCGUUUUCUAGCACAGUGGUUCUCGAUCCAGAUUCCUCUCUUCCACCCCACAUCCGUGACCAGUUCAGGGAUCUUCAUCUCGAAUAUGACGACGUGUUCAACCCCACCAUCUCCAAGUACAAUGGUGCUUGUGGCAAGAUUGAAGCUGUUGUCAAUAUCGGCCCAACCCUUCCUCCUCAACAGAAAGGUCGCCUACCACAGUACAACCGAAGUACUAUGGAGGCGUUACAAGCUAAGUUCGACGAGCUUGAAGCCUCUGGAGUCUUUGCCAAACCUGAACAGGUUAACGUUCAUGUUGAAUACCUGAACACUUCUUUUCUUGUUAAGAAGCCAAAUGGUGGAAGCCAUCUCGUAACAUCCUUCGGCGCGGUUGCCCAGUACAGUAAACCACAACCCUCACUCAUGCCGAAUGUUGACAGUGUUUUAUGCGCCAUAGGACAAUGGCAAUACGUCAUUAUCACUGACUUGUUAAAGUCUUUUUAUCAAGUUCCCUUGGCUGCUUCGUCCAUGAAGUAUUGUGGAGUUGCCAUAUAA